AGAUUUCUAAUACAUAGACUGAAAUAGUAAUUCUGGCUACAAAGGAAUGGAUUAGUUUACAUAAAACAAAACCAAAAUAUAUGCAUAUAUACAGACAACAUUUUCAUUAAACGUGUUUCGAGCAGAAGAGCCGCACGCAUGUGUCAAAAAAGUUUUCUGACAAAUCCCCCAACAAUAAAACCUAAGCCCAGCAAUCUUUCUUUGUACUAAAAAACAAAAAAAAAUCCAUAUACGAAUCACAACACAAAUAACUAUGAAUUUUCAUCACACCACCAAUGUCGAUGAUGGAUGUUACAAUUCAAAAUCAUCAAUAAAGGCAACGUUCCCAAACGCAACGUCGGCAACGCUGACAACGCCUGCAACAGUGCAUAGAAAUGCAACUGAAAAAUGCAACAAAUUACAUGCAGCAGCCACAACAUCAAUAAAAUUUAACGAAAAUAAAUAUUUGAAGUUGCAACAAAAGUGGCGGCAACGCCCGCGGGGGGACACAAAUAUCAAAAAUUAUUUCAAAACGAAUUAUUUAUGUACAUAUUUAUUUGUUGUUGUAGUGUUUCUAAGCGGUUGCCACAUAACGCCAAUACAUUGUGCGCAAAACUCUGCUGCGGCAAGCGCACAACACAAUGGCCUCAACGACAACAGCGAACAACAGACACUAAAGCAGCAAACUUCAUUUAGUCAAACUGUAAAUAGUACAAGUAAUAACAUUAAUAAUAAUAACAGCAGCAACAACAACGAAAAUGUUAUAAAAUCCACUGCAAACAUAAAUAAAGCAGUAACAGCAGCAGCAGCAGCAGCAGCACCAGCAUCAGCAGAGGCUGAAGCAGUUGGUGCAGUUGAAAAUAUUUUUAAUGAUUACACUGAAGCCUUUGCUACGCUCAUUGCAGAAGGCCAUCUCAAUAAAACCACCAAUAAACAGAGUAGAAACAAAAACAAUGCAAGCAAAAACGCCAACGGUGGCAGCAGCAGUAGCAGCAGCGCUGACAGCAACAGCUCUAGCAAAAGUAGUAGUUAUGAAAGUCGUAGUAAUAAUUUAACAUAUAGUAAAUCAAGCGAUAGCAGCACUGAUAGUAAUAGUAAUUUUAAUCUGCACGAUGAGCUGUUGGACAGCUUUCGUGGCACGCACGGCAUGCCGCAGCAACCGAUGUAUACGAAUGAAUUUGCUGUGCAUAUACCAGCAGGCAACAGAAUGGCCGAUAUAAUUGCGGAAAAAUAUGGAUUCACAAAUGUGGGUCAGAUUGGCGCGCUUAAAGACUAUUAUUUAUUUCAUCAUCGUCAUGUCUCAAAAAGAUCCCUACGCACAAGUGAUGAGCACCACAGCGCCUUAAAUUCCGAACCAGAGGUGCGAUGGAUGCAACAACAACAUGAGAAAACACGUCAUAAACGUGAUGGUUCCUAUACAGCAUUACCCGGUUACAGUCCGUACGACGUUAUACGUCCAUCCGCAAAUUUCGGCAGCGGUCCUAAUUCACGACUGUCAUUUGCAACUGGACUACAUCGUCCAGCGCCCCGCGCACCACGUAUACAGUACCGUGAUGCAAGCUCACACAAUAUUUUCCCAGAUCCUUUGUUCAAGGAACAGUGGUACUUGAAUGGCGGCGCCAAAGAUGGUCUUGAUAUGAAUGUCGGUCCGGCAUGGCAGAAAGGAUAUACGGGCAAAGGCGUUGUGGUAUCAAUACUGGACGACGGCAUACAAACAAAUCAUCCUGACCUUGCGCAAAAUUAUGAUCCGGAUGCGUCAUUUGACAUUAACGGCAAUGACUCCGAUCCAACGCCACAAGAUAAUGGCGAUAACAAACAUGGUACCAGAUGUGCUGGCGAAGUGGCUGCUGUAGCCUUCAACAAUUAUUGUGGCGUUGGUGUAGCUUAUAAUGCCAGCAUAGGCGGUGUGCGUAUGUUGGAUGGCAAAGUAAACGAUGUCGUGGAAGCACAAGCACUUAGCUUAAAUCCUUCGCAUAUAGAUAUUUAUAGUGCGUCAUGGGGUCCUGAGGAUGACGGUUCGACGGUUGAUGGUCCUGGUCCAUUAGCGCGUCGCGCCUUCAUAUAUGGCGUAACAAGCGGACGUCAAGGCAAGGGCUCUAUCUUUGUCUGGGCAUCCGGCAACGGCGGACGCUACACAGACUCCUGCAAUUGUGAUGGUUACACAAACUCAAUUUUCACUCUCUCCAUUUCAAGUGCAACACAAGGCGGCUUUAAGCCAUGGUAUCUAGAGGAAUGCUCAUCCACAUUGGCGACUACUUACAGUUCUGGCACGCCUGGUCACGAUAAAAGUGUAGCUACAGUCGAUAUGGAUGGUCGUCUGCGUCCUGAUCACAUUUGUACUGUAGAGCAUACAGGUACUUCUGCGUCAGCGCCACUUGCAGCUGGCAUAUGUGCUUUAGCAUUGGAAGCUAAUCCCAACCUAACUUGGCGCGAUAUGCAGUAUUUGGUAGUGUACACAUCUCGUCCCGGUCCGCUUGAGAAGGAAAGUGGCUGGAUAUUGAAUGGUGUUAAACGCAAAUACAGUCACAAAUUCGGUUAUGGUUUGAUGGACGCAGGCUCUAUGGUUAGCUUAGCAGAACAAUGGACCUCAGUGCCGCCACAACACAUUUGUAAAUCACGUGAAAAUAAUGAGGAUCGCAAAAUUGAAGGCACUUACGGUUACACUUUGGCUACACACAUGGAUGUCAAUGGCUGUGCUGGUACAAUAAAUGAAGUGCGUUACCUGGAGCAUGUGCAAUGUCGCAUAACCUUACGCUUCUUCCCACGUGGUAAUUUGCGCAUUCUACUUACUUCACCCAUGGGUACUACUAGUACGCUACUCUUUGAACGUCCGCGGGACAUCGUCAAAUCAAAUUUUGAUGAUUGGCCAUUUUUGAGUGUGCAUUUCUGGGGUGAGAAAGCAGAAGGCCGCUGGACAUUGCAGGUCAUUAAUGGCGGCAGAAGACGUGUUAACCAACCAGGUAUACUAUCCAAGUGGCAGUUAAUAUUUUAUGGUACCGCAGUGCAACCAAUGCGUUUGAAAAGUGACUUGAUGAGUCAGCAAGUACGUGGUCCUGGUUUAAAUCCAUUUGCUUUUCCUACCGAAUCGGAUUUAGGUCAAUCUGUAAAUGAGGGCGGCUACUUUAAUACGGAUCAGUUUUCGGGCUAUCUUAACUAUCAGAAUCUAUUCACUGGCGCUGGUUCCAAUCCAGAACAAGCAGUAGCCACCGUCGAUGGCCACAAUAUACCAACUCCACAACGUCAAAAUGUUAUGGCUGACUCCAAUAACAAACUUGUGCUCCACGAUUGCGACCCAGAGUGUGAUUCACAGGGCUGCUAUGGCCGUGGCCCAACACAAUGCGUGGCUUGCAAGCACUACCGGCUCGACAACACCUGUGUAAGUCGUUGCCCACCACGUUCGUUUCCCAAUCAAGGCGGCGUUUGCUGGCCUUGCCAUGAGUCUUGUGAAACGUGCGCCGGUGCUGGUCAAGACAGCUGCUUAACAUGUGCACCUGCACACUUGCAUGUUACUGAUUUGGCAGUCUGCCUGCAGGUCUGCCCCGACGGUUACUACGAAAAUUACGACAACAAAACAUGUGUGCCAUGUGAAGCAAAUUGUGCUUCCUGUCAAGAUCGUCCCGACUACUGCACCAGUUGUGAACAUCACCUGGUUAUGCACGAACACAAAUGCUACUCAGCAUGUCCGCUGCACACCUAUGAAACGGAAGACUACAACUGCGCUUCGUGCCAUUCAUCUUGUGCCACUUGCAAUGGUUCCGCCGAGUCCCAGUGCAUCACAUGCCGUUCCGGUCGUUUUGCCUUCGAUGGCAAAUGCUUAAAUAGUUGCCCCGAUGGCUAUUAUGCGGACAAAAAACGACAGGAAUGUGUGUCUUGUCCGACUGGCUGUGCAACAUGUAGCAUUAAUGGUUUUUGUCUUACUUGCCGCGAGAACUGGACACGGAAUAAAAAGGGGAAAUGCAUUAUCACCGGAAGUGAGAACUGCGAUGAAUCUGAGUACUAUGAAAACAAUCACUGUCAUUCGUGUCAUUCCACUUGCGAGACUUGUGAUGGUCCCACCGAGUCCAACUGCUUAAGCUGUCCCCAAAGUUUGUUACUACAGUCGAGUCGUUGUGUCAGCAGCUGUGAUGAUGGUUUCUACAUGGAAGCGGGUAUAUGCGCCAAAUGUUUACACACCUGCACACAGUGUGUUUCACGUAUGAACUGCACGUCCUGUGCCAAAGGCCUGCAGCUGCAAAGUGGCGAAUGUCGCACUACCUGUGCCGAUGGUUACUACAGUGACCGUGGCACUUGCGCUAAAUGUUACCUAAGUUGCCACACCUGCAGUGGACCACGUCGUGACCAAUGCGUGCAAUGUCCCAACGGUUGGCAAUUGGCAGGUGGUGAAUGUCAUCCAGAGUGUCCAGAAGGUUUCUACAAGUCAGAGUUUGGCUGUCAAAAAUGUCACCAUUAUUGCAAAACAUGCAACGGUGCCGGUCCACUUGCUUGCACUUCAUGCCCACUGCACUUUAUGCUAGACGGUGGACUUUGUAUGGAAUGUUUAGGAUCUCAAUUCUAUGAUUCGCCUACACAAACUUGCAAGACAUGCCAUGAUUCCUGUCGUUCAUGUUCCGGGCCAGGACAAUAUUCAUGCCAAACCUGCGCUUUUCCACUGCAUUUGGAUCGUUUGAAUAAUCAGUGCGUACCUUGUUGCCCAACUGAUGCAGCACCUGAAGAUCAAUCUUGUUGUCAUUGCGAUAAAGAUACCGGCGGUUGCAUAAAUGCAUCACCUGCCGGUAAACGUCGCAUUGCAGCUGGCGCUGAACAGCAACAAUUUGGCAGCUCUUACGGUAACAGUGGUGGUCUCUAUGGUAAUGUAUUGGAUGAUGAAAAUUCAGGAAUUGGUGCUGGUUUGGGAUCCCCGUUCACCACAAUCACUGCAAUUGCGGUUGCAGCUUGCUUGCUUAUUGUAACAGUAUUUGCUGUCAUCUUUGCCAUACUGCAGCGCACCAGUUAUCGUUCCGUGCGUUCCACAACCCGUUAUAAUAAAAUACCCAACCGGUCAAAAAGAAACUCACGCAAAUCGUCCUCAUCGACAUUGAUUAAAGUAGAUUCCGAAGCAAACAAUGAGGAUGACGACGAUGACGACGAUGACAAUGGUGAUGACUAUGGCGACGGUGAUGGCGAUGGUGAUGGCGAUGCCAAUUACAAUGAUGAUGAAUUAAAUAUGCACAAUGCAGUUGAUAACGAAUAUGAAGAUGAGAAUCAGCUUGAUGAAAUCAAGUGUUUCAGUAAAAAAAGUACGAAAUCCCACAGUGCAGGACAGCAGAGAGCGAAGAAUAUUCAGGAAACUUGCGUGCUGGAGGCUGAUGAGUUGGAACCAAUAGUUCGCGGUGGUAAACGCAAGACACUGAAGUCUUCAACGACAACAAAAACGAAUGCAAAACACAGUUGAAUUAAGUAACGGCAGUCACUUGUAGUAUCCGAAAAUAAACGCGAUUUGUAAAUUUCUGUAAAAACGCAAUGA